CGGCCACAAUGCAUCGCAGAUGCUGUGUGUUCAAACGCACGGAGAGGCAGACGAGGGCUGGCUUCUGCAUGGAUUUUAAUCUUUGAAUUUCUGGAUUUACCUCGGAGGACGUCACCUUUUUUGAUGUUCUGUCUCCGUGUAGGUAACGUUCUGUCUGACUCCAGGUCCUUUGCCGCACGCUUGGCUUCGGUCACCAUGGGCCGAACACCACACAGAGAUCAAAAAGAGGAGAAAGAGAGACAAAGCAGCAUCCCAGCAGGAUCUCCCCUCGACAAAUCAACUGAACCGUUCAGGUGGGAAGAUUAUCUGAGAGAAACAUCCUCCACUGCAGCUUCGCCCACUUCAUUCAAACAGUCCAGAGUCCCCCCCUCCAAUGACUUUAAAGCAGGAAUGAAACUUGAGGCGCGGGACCCUCGCAACUCGCACUCUGUGUGCAUUGCGACGGUGAUGGGCAUGAUGGGUACUCGUCUCCGCCUGCGCCUGGACGGAAGUGACAACACCAACGACUUCUGGAGACUGGUCGACUCGUUAGACAUCCAACCAAUCGGGAGCUGCGAGAGGAACGGGGACAUGCUGCAGCCACCGCUCGGUUUCAGGAUGAAUGCUUCGUCGUGGCCUAUGUUCCUCCUGAGGACGCUGAGUGGAGCAGAGAUGGCACCUGCCUCUGCUUUCAAAAAGGAACCAGCCUGCCCUGCCAAAAAUUACUUCCUGCCUGGUAUGAAGCUGGAAGCGGUGGACAGAAAGAACCCUUACCUGAUUUGUCCCGCCACAGUUGGAGAGGUCAGAGGUCAGGAGAUCUUCGUCAUGUUUGACGGCUGGCGAGGUGCCUUUGACUAUUGGUGCCCCUUCGACUCCAGAGACGUCUUCCCCGUCGGCUGGUGUGCUCUGACAAAACACAGCUUGCAGCCCCCGGGAAAUUUCUUUACCCUCCCUGGCGCGCUCCUCGCCCCCAUUUCCUCCGCCUCGGCCUCCCUCGCUGCACGCCGCUCCAUCUCCUCCUCCUCCUCCAUGCAGACCUCAUACCGACUGCCCAACCCCUUGCCGCCCCUGCCUGUGCGCAAGGGCGUCCGGGGUCGUCGACCCAAAUCCCAGACUAUCGCCCUGCUGAAGGCGGCGGCCGAGGCGGCGGCGGCGGCGGCGGCCGUUAAUGGAGCAUCGCAGAGCUCCCAGGCUCAACUGGCCCCCAGACCACACAAGAAGAGAGGGCCCAAGCCUAAGAUCAAGAAGAAGCCCCAAGUGGUGCAAUCUAUGGGGGCGCCAGCGGUUGCGGUUGCACCUCCGGAGACCAGACUGAGCUCCGGAAACGUCCCGGCAGACAACAACCACAGCAACGGCUCCAAUGUGGUUUGCACAGUGUGCGUCUAUGUGAACAAGCACGGCAACUACGGGCCGCACCUGGACAGGAAGCUGGUGCAGCAGCUCCCGGACCACUUUGGCCCGGCUCCCGUCAACGCCGUGCUACAGCAGGCCGUCCAGGCGUGCGUGGACUGCACGUACCAGCCCUCCGUGAUGCUGUCCUUCCUACAGAGCCAGUCCCACACCGGAGGAGAGGUCAUCCGAGUGCGGUCAGAGCACGGUAUCCGCUAUGUGAAGCUGCCCUCCGCCUCCAGCACGUCUUCGGUGCUGCGCUUCCUGGAGAACAUGUGCCUACAUCUGGAGAGCGACAGCCUGUUCAGCUCGCAGCCAUUCAGCCCCUUCAGCAACAACACACGCUUCUACAACAGGACCAAGUCAGAACCGCUGUCCCAGCCGGAGAACGGCCUGUCGAACGACAACUCCUCCAAGGAUGCCUCUCCCGGCGCCCGCCCCCUCCACGCCGCAUCCGACUACAGAGCAACGAAGAAGGAGCGGCCAUAUUACCCCGGACACACACACACGCCGCCGCCGCCUCUGCGCCGCGUCAGCUCCAACCCCACCGAACUGGGCCAGAUGUGUCCACCCAGACGAGUGGAGGCCAGCUCAACAACAGGCUCAGACCACCUGAAACCGGACAAGGAGGCUUCAGGGAACGACGCCUCUUCCUGGUCAGUCGACGAUGUCAUGCGGUUCGUCCAAGAGGCCGACCCCCAAACACUCGGGCCGCACGUCGAACUGUUCAGAAGACACGAGAUCGACGGCAGAGCUCUGAUGCUGCUGCGCAGUGAUGUCAUUAUGAAGUACAUGGGACUGAAGCUGGGCCCGGCGCUCAAACUCUGUCAUCACAUCGAGAGGCUGAAGCAGACCAAGCAAUAGCGGAUGAAGGCCACCAAACACACAACAACACGUUCUACUGUACAGGGAUGUUGGCAGUGUGAAUCCAGCCGAACCAGAGCCGGAGCCUCCGCCGCGGACACUGAGGUCAAGUGCCCAUCGGGUAUAUUACAAACUUAUACAUUAACUUAUACAAGCUUUCAGGCUAACGAAUAAAUAAAUCAACACAGAUUAGACCGGAAAGUAUAGUUACGCAGUCAAGUGAGUAAAUAUUACAUGAAAAACCCAUGUUGUCAAAAACAUGUGACAUCUUCAUCUAGAUUUGCGGGUGGUGUACGGCAGUGGUCCCCAACCACUGGGCCGCGGACCGCUACCGGUCCGUGGGACAUUUGUUUAAAUUUGUUUAAAUAUUUCAUAUUUAAAAUGGACACAAAUGAGAUUCACUAGUAACAGACAUCCCAGCAUUUGUUUCUGUUGCCUUAUCGUCAACAGCCAGAGGACACAAUUGAUCCAACUUAGCAGACAGGCCGUACGCUCGGCCGCUUUGUCUUCUCAGAUAUCCAGCUGUCUACAAAAUGUUUUCCCUGUCAGAAUUUCAGGAUAAAUGUUCUCCGCUCGUGAUUGGAAAAGUUAGUUUGUUUGGCUGCAUCAUUUCCAACAACGUAAUUAUGGGUCUGAAUGACUUCAUCUUUUACAAGCUGUCAUUAGAUGAGUUCAUCCAUGAGCAUAAUUACCAACAGGAGUGCCCUGGUUAUAUGAAUAAGAAGUUUGAAAGGUUUAAUUUCCAAGGUCUGGGAUUAUCUUUGGGAAUGACUUCUGUCCUCUAACACUUUUUUUUGAUCAUCAAAUAGUGGACAACACCUAAAUGAUCUUACUAGGACGAAAACCUUGACAAUUGAUUUUAUUUUGAGUCAGUUUGUGGUGCUGUGAAACAUUUCAACUUGUGCGCUGUUGUGGCUACAUGAUUGUAAUACGCUUGUACAGUCACAUGUACAGAACAUGAAGAGAGAGUACAUGAUGGGUAAACUGUUUCGUAUGAAGUCAAGCCAAAAGGGUUUUUUAAAAAUAUAAUUUCGUACUGUGACAAAUUGUAUCAAGCGUAAGUGUAAUCAAAUUUUUUUUUGCCUGAAAUAUUUUUUUGUAUGCACCAACACAUAACUACAUGCAGGAUAAUGCCAUGUCUGAGUAAGUAAUCACACGUUUCAAAGUAUUAAACUCUUUUAAUACAUAUUUUCUGAACAUUUCAGAACCCUUUUCAAACCAAAUCAUGUGUGUUGUAGCUGCAUUUCACACUGUUGCUCAGUUUUAGUGGUGACAAGCUGAUACUUAAUGUGAAACUCAGGUUUUAGUAGAGGUUGUUUUGUCGAUGUUUUACAUCUCUGGCAUGUUGUGUUCAUUGCUACGACAUAGAUGGACUGCACAAUAACAACUAUGUAUAUUUUCUAUGGCUUGUCAUCGCUCUGUCUGUAGCCUUUCACGUGUAAAUAUGCAACUUUUUACUGUAACAAAAAAAUGGUUGGUUAAUAUGUUUGAUAUGCAUUCACACAAUUAAACAUUUGUUUACAUCCUAUAACCGUUUGAUACCCAAGCACAGGGCCACAAAGCAAUGUCUACUUGUAACCCAUCAACAUUAGUUUCACAUGGUUAAGAGUUCUGACCAAAUCAACACAGGAGGCUUUAUUUCCAAAUUCAUACUGUUCACAAUAACAGAAUUCUGUGUAGCAUAAAAGUAUUAUUUGAUCUUUUUUCCCAAAGUGGCCACAUAAUUGUGUUUAGAAUGAUAGAUAUAGGGUCAUAAGCGGCUAAGAGAAACACAAUAUUCCACAGCACUGGUAGACGUCCAUUUCCUUUUACAUUUGUUUUUUUUUGUGUUUGUGGGUGUUUCUGUCCGGAGGGUAUGGGGGUGGGGGGGUCAAAGGGUCAUGGCUGUCUUACUUAAGGAAAGUGACAGUCCAAUAGAAUCAUUGUUCGAAAGAUCAGCCAGUUCAAAUAGCUGAUCAGCAGCACUCAGAAGGAACAGGGUAAUUAGGACUCAUCCCUCAAAGUCUUUGGGACGGAUCUAUGCUGUUUGCUGGUUGUGAAGAACGCUACAAUCACAGCAAACGCUACACCCCUCUACAUGCUUACAAUUAUGUAUCUGAAACAACAUCCAUUACGAUGUUUAACUACAAGGAAACUCGCUCUCUGCCAUGAGCAUCGGGACCAACCCGCAGAAAUGGAAUAAUAAUAAUCGCUCAAGAGUGACUUUGCUGAAAAAUAAAUAUAUGUAAUGAGAACUUUGUGGACUAUGUCCUCGUAAGUGAGUAUCUUUGAGUGACAUGCUUUUUUCUACCUUAUUGUUUUAGUUGGAUCUGGUCAUAUGUCGGUUCAAUUAAAUGUGAACUCUGUAAAAA